AACCGAGGCACUUUCUCACUAAGGGAACAGCUGCAGAUCCCAGGUGCUGUGUCCUUCCUCCAGCAUUUAAAGCAUCGACUACCUAUGGCUUGCCGUCUGUUUGAAGGGAAGAAGCAUGCAGCUUCCUACUGGAAAUACAGGAUCGCUCCAUCGGAUCAUCUGAUACAACAAGUGCUUGACUUCCUGGAACAGCAGAAAGGCCGUCCCUUUGAGCUGGCAGUGGAUGUGGGUUGCGGUUCAGGACAGGGCACUGUGCUGCUGGCCAAACACUUUGCCUCCGUAGUGGGGACGGAUGUAAGUCCUGCCCAGCUGGAAAUGGCUUUGCAGCAUGCUAAACAACCAAACAUCACAUAUAGAGAGUGUGCGGCUGAGGAGCUGCCGUUUUCUGACAGCUCAGUGGACUUGGUGACGGCCAUGUCUGCCUUCCACUGGUUUGACAGGCCGCGCUUUCUCCGAGAGGCCCACAGAGUCUUGAAGCCCCAUGGCUGCUUAGCUCUGUUCAACUACACCAUUGACAUGGAGCUCAGCUAUCCUGACUGCUGCCUGCAUACACUAAACCAAGUCUGCAAAGAGUUUUAUGCAGCCUUACAACCUUACCGCAGUCCACAACUCGGUCCACACUCUAUUGGCUGGUACCGGGAGGCGUAUGAAUCCAUCCCUUACCCUGAUAAGGAGUGGCAAGAGUGUUUAUGGGUGAGAAUACCAAUGCCUCUGUCAAGCUAUAUGGGUCUCGUGGAGUCUUUCUCCUCAUAUCAGAUUCUGUUGCGAGAUGACCCACAUAAGGCCACUACUCUCUCCCAGGACAUCCGUCAAAGGUUGAUGUCCAUAAUGAGAGUGACUUCUGCAGAGACAGAGGUGGUGGUAGCUGUGAAUUAUUACUAUCUCCUGGCCCGCAAACCCAAGGAAGCCUGACUCCUGCCAGCACUCACAUUGACAACAAAAUCAUAAAUGUUGUUGACACAGAAAUUAACACUAUAUUUUGCCUACAAAUUUAUAUAAAGGCAGUAGUUAAUAUUUUAGAAAAUACACAUUAGCUUUUUGUUGAGCUUGUUGCAUCCAGUUAGCAUAGCAUCACUCCUCCCUCUUUUUUCUGGUGCUGGCAGAUUUAUAAGAAAGGUUUAGAUAGACCAUAUUAGAGAUUUGAAAAUCCUUGUGUUAAGCUUAGUUAAAUACAGACUACACUUAAAUGUUAUGUGUAAUUAGCAGUAGUGGAAAGUAACAAAGUACAUUUACUGAAGUAUUCACUGACACUGAGUAUGUGGAUGUUAGCUAAAUAGCUGCAUGGGGCUCAGAUAGGGUUAUAUAGCAUAGGCAGACAACACAAACACAGGCAGUGGUAGAAAGUAACUAAGUAUCAUUACUCAAGUACUGUACUUUAGAGUUUUGAGG